AUGUAUGUUGCAAAUGAUGCUGCUGAACACUUGAUCCGUUCUUGGAAUCAUCACAGGAUUCCGGGACCACAAGGAUGUGUGCCGAUGGAAAACAUGGCUCAGACUUCAUGUGCAGUUCAGCUACCAGCUGAACUGAUUCCAACUGUUAAUGAGGCAGUAAGAAUGUGUGAAGAGAGAGGAGGCAGUCUGGCCUGUGAUGCAACUUUUGGCACUAAUCCUUUGUGUAAUCUGAGUAUCUGCUGGACAUCUGCUGCUCCAACCCGUAUUACUGCUGACUCAAAGUCGCUUAUCGACCUUGUGAUAACAAGCCAACCUUCAAAAAUCCAAACCUCUGGUUCCAUCGACUUGGGCAUCUCUGAUCACCACCUAAUAUUUGCUGUCUUCAAAGUUGCAAGAAGUAAUCCGAAACCCAAAGUUAUCUCAACCAGGAACUAUAAAUUGCUAGACACAAAGAUAGAUAGAAGCGAUUUCCAUCAAGCCCCCUGGCAUAUAACUGGUUUAUUCGAUGACAUCGAUGACAGCGUUGAUGCUUGGCAAUACUUAUAUAACGAAAUCCUACACCACCACUUACCCCGACGAGAUGUUCGGAUAAGAGAUAACUCUCUUCCAUGGAUUAACACCUCCAUUAGAAAAGAAAUGAACAUGAGAUAUAAACUCCUACAAAGGGCAAAGUCAUAAGGCGAUCCUGAGUUAUGGAGUCUCUAUAAACAGAAGAGACUCGAGGUGAAAAAGCUAUUAAAGAGUG